GCUUCAGGCUCGCCGAGCAGGGUCGGAGGGCUGCGGUAUCAAGAGCCCUGGAAGGAAGACGGCGAGGAGGCGGGGACUCUUCCUGCACGGAGGCGCUGUCACCUGCCCGGAGGAGGAUCCGGAGCGAAACCUGUUUUUUUUUUUUUUUUUGGCUGCUCGGGCACACUGGAGUAGGGAGAACUCAGCCUCGCCAUGAAGAGGGCCCAAGGCAUCGAGAACCCGGCUUUCGUCCCUUCCAGCCCCGACAGUCUGCGCCGUUUGUCUGCAUCGCCCUCUCAGGUCGAGGUCUCUUCCUUGUUCCCUGACACUCAGAGAGGUGAUUCUCAACCACAAGAGCCUCUGGAGCCUCGCAAGCCACAGGAGCCACCUCCGCCUCCAGCAACUCUCCCUCCCUCCCAAGAACAGUUGCUGCCUGAGUUUGAGGAGGGGCCCUGCGGAUGGGGGGACUUCCACCCCAAGUGCCUCCAGCGCUUCAACACUCCCCAGGGCUUUCUGCUUCACUACUGCCUCCUGGCCCUCACUCAAGGUAUUGUAGUAAAUGGCCUAGUAAAUAUUAGCAUUUCCACUAUCGAGAAGCGCUAUGAAAUGAAGAGUACCCUGACAGGCCUGAUAUCAUCAAGCUAUGAUAUCUCAUUCUGCUUAUUGUCUUUGUUUGUAUCAUUCUUUGGUGAAAGAGGACACAAACCACGAUGGCUUGCAUUUUCAUCCUUUAUGAUAGGACUGGGAGCACUUGUAUUUUCAUUGCCACAAUUUUUUAGUGGAGCAUAUAAACUGGGGUCCAUUUUUGAAGAUACUUGUUUAACAACAAGGAAUAGCACCAGUUGUACGUCUUCAACUUCUUCACUUUCUAACUACUUGUAUGUCUUCAUCUUGGGACAAUUACUGCUGGGAACAGGAGGUACUCCUCUCUAUACCCUAGGAACAGCAUUUAUUGAUGACUCUGUGUCCACACACAAAUCUUCUCUCUUUAUAGGAAUUGGCUAUUCUAUGUCAAUUUUAGGCCCUGCAAUUGGCUAUGUAAUGGGAGGACAACUGCUAACCUUGUAUAUUGAUGUUUCUAUGGGACAAAGCAUUGAUAUCACUGAGAAUGAUCCACGCUGGCUGGGAGCCUGGUGGAUAGGAUUUCUUAUGUCUUGGAUCUUCGCUUGGUCUUUGAUAAUACCUUUUUCUUUGUUUCCAAAACAUUUACCAGGUACAGCAAAGAUUCAAGCUGCAAAAAUUUCCCAGGCUCAUCAGGAUAAGAGUGGUUCCACACAAGAAGCAGAUGGGAAUUUUGGAAAAAGCAUUAAAGAUUUUCCAACUGCUCUAAAGAAUUUGAUGAGGAAUACUGUCUUUAUGUGUUUAGUUCUAUCAACUACUUCAGAAGCCUUAAUUACUACUGGAUUUGCUACAUUUUUACCUAAAUUUAUAGAAAAUCAGUUUGGAUUGUCAUCCAGCUUUUCAGCUAUCCUCGGAGGGGCUGUUUUAAUUCCUGGAGCUGCUCUUGGUCAGAUUUUAGGUGGUGUCCUUGUUUCAAAGUUCAAAAUGACGUGUAAAAACACAAUGAAGUUUGCAUUGUUCUCAUCUGGAGUUGCACUUGUGCUGAGUUCUGUGUUUAUUUAUGCCAAAUGUGAAAAUCAUCCAUUUGCUGGUGUGUCUGAAUCAUAUAAUGGGACAGGAGAACUGGGAAACUUGACAGCACCUUGCAAUGCCAAUUGUAACUGUUUGCCAUCAUAUUUUUAUCCUCUCUGUGGAAGAGAUGGAGUCCAGUAUUUUUCUCCCUUUGCAGGUUGCAUAAGUUCUGUCUCAACAAGACAGCCACCGAUAUAUUACAACUGUUCCUGUAUUGGAAGGAAAACAGAGAUAACAUCUGAUGCAGAAAGUGUUGGUUUUGAAGCUAAAGCUGGAAAAUGUGAAAGCCGAUGUAGAAACUUGCCCAUGUUCCUUGGCAUUUUUUUUCUUACUAUUAUUUUUACCUUUAUGGCUGGUACUCCUAUAACUACAUCCAUCCUUAGGUGUGUUAAUUACAGGCAGCGUUCUCUAGCAUUGGGAACACAGUUUAUGUUUCUGCGAUUAUUGGGUACAAUACCUGGACCAAUUAUAUUUGGUAUCACAAUAGACAGCACAUGUGCUUUCUGGGAUAUUAACGACUGUGGAAUUAAAGGAGCUUGCUGGAUAUAUGAUAACAUCAAGAUGGCCUACAUGCUAGUGGCAAUAUGUGUUACUUGUAAAAUUAUUACCAUUUUCUUCAAUGGGUUUGCAAUCUUUUUGUAUAAACCACCUCCAAUAGAGACAAAUGUGUUAUUUCAAAAUCAGAAUACAGUUGUGACCGCUGUUUCAGAAGAAAAUGAUCUCAACAAAACCAGAAAUGAAGAGUGAAAUAGAGGAAAAUAUUUUACAGCUAGAAAAUUGACUUUCAUUUCUAAGAAUGUACCUUGCCAUUGCAGCAUUAUUUACCUAAUAUGGAAAAUUGUAUUUAAAAAGUUGAUGUUUUAUAAUUGAAUAUUCUUCUGUAUAUGUGUGGAUUCUUAUUUGCUUUUGCUCUAGGAAACAGACAUGUGCCUUCAAAGUUCACCAAAAGCCUCGAAACACACUCACAUAUAUAUAUAAUACACUCACUUAUUUUCUAUUGUCUAGGUCUAAAGCCCCCAACUAAUAAUAACUAAACUGGAAAAGCCAACAAUUAAUUAAAAGUUUACAUCAUAAAAGGGCAGGGAAUGUUUCCAUCACUCUUGCACUUUAUUUUAACCAUCAUUGCCAAUAGUUUGGGCUUAUUUAGCAAAUUUAUGGUGUAAAAUUUUAAACUAAUCAAACUUAUCUGAUGGUUUUCAGGAAUUAUUAUUGAAAGUCCAUGAAUUUAAAACCAGCUACACAAUGCACUUUGAUUUUAAAUUUACAUAUACUAGUCUGGCCUUUAUCAUAAUAAGUUAUUAAAAUAUUAGAAUGUAGGCUAUUUUUUUUUCUUUUUGUCUUAGUAUACAGUGAAUUCAGAAAUGACAUCAUUUUAAACAUAUAUUUUCACUUUAACUCAAGAAUUCCAGAAAAUAAUUUGUUGAUUGUUAACCCUUAAUUUUAUGAUUCUGGGAUAGUAUUAUUCAGUCACGUCUUCCAUGAGUAAAUUACCAACUUCUGUAAAGUGCCAAUUAGACAUGAAAAAUUUCUUAAUGAACUAUUGAUCAAUGUUUAAAUAUUCAGUACUUUAAUAUUUCUUAUUUUAAAAAAUGAUCACCUAGCACGUUAUAUAUAGUACCUAUAAUAGUGUUUUUCCUUACAGUAGUAAUCUCUUGUUGUUUGAUUAAAACAUUAAACUCUACUCUUUGACUGAUGCAUUUAUUUUGAAAGUUAAACUGUUUCACAUACCUGAUAACAUAACUUCAAUACAUUUGUUCAGGUCAGAUUUAAUGCCAACUUUAUCUGCUUAGAAAACAAAGGAAAUAGAUAAGCGAACAUCAACAAAAAUAACUUCUACAAUGGUUAAGAAUUUUACUGAUUAUGAAAAGUGUUAGUUCCUUUCAGUUCAAAUGCAGAGGUGUUUACAUUUGAAAUUUUCAGUAAAACUUUCACUAAUUUAAUAAGCUUUGUUACUAGCUUUCCUCUUCCCCAUCAGCUUUUAUCUACUUGUACUUGUUUUUUAGAAACAGUGUAUUUUAUACACUGUGAUCCAGGAUAACAUGAUCUAAGAGUAAAGCUGGUAGGAAACCAGGAUCAGGAGCACUAGAAAUUCAUGGAAUUUAAGAGAGUAUGGAGUAUUUGACCAAUAAUGAUUCAAUAACUAAUAGUACAUAUAAAAUUCAAAGAGAAGGAGUAAGUUAGGAGUUAGGCAAGCAAGCACAUUUGACUGUUAAAGAAGUAGAGGAGCAGUGGGUCAGGAACCAUUCCUACUUAAACCAGGAAUGUAUGCACACCAAAGAUCAAAGCCAGCUGAAUGGGUAGCCAGAAGUCCAGACUGUUGGGAAGCAGAAAAUUCAUAGCAACUAAAGGAACAGUGCAAGAUAGGCAUACUGUACCUUGUUUCAGAAGCAAUCUCCCUUCCCUCUAGCCAGGUGCUGCUUCCUGUUGGAGCAAAGGCUAAAUGAGAGCUUAAGCUUUCUGGGCCAUAUAUGUGGAAGUGGGGAAUUGAAUAGAGCAUUUCAUGGCUGUAAAAUAAUGGUUAAUCCAGUAGAACUCAUUAAGAGAAGUAUGAACUGACAGCAAGAGAGGAAACAAAAUAGCUAUAAAAACAUAGUUAAAUAAAUAAUCAGAGCCACUUAAUUUAGAGAGUGGGAAAAAUCACCCCACACAUAGAAAUAGUUUGAUAAACAAAUUGCUAAAUAAUUGCAUUCAUGGUGAUAUUUAGUUAUUGAGGGUUACAUUGUAUUCAGUAUGCUAAGCUUGAUAAGGCAAUACAUUUUUACAAAGUUUUAAAUGAAAAUAAUUUUCAUGCUUGAAGGAAUCAGACUGUUAUUUAUGACAUGCAUAUUUACAAAGAAUACCUCCUUUCGUGAUAGAGCAGUAUAGACACUACUGUAAUUUAUAAUAAUAGUUUAUACUUUGGGAUUUACCAAACUAUGGGUGGUGUUUUGCUACUUUUAGAAGAAAAUUUUUUCAUACUAUGUAUUUUUUACAAUUUGUACUGAUUUUUAAAGUAAGCUUGAAUUUAUAAAUUGACUUUUUGUUAAUUUUGUACAUAAUUGGAAAUAUGCCUUUAAAACUUUUGUCUUAAUAUUUGU